AUGGGCUUUGCCUACAUAACGCCGGAGCAGCUCGAGGGCUUCGAUGGCUACAAAUAUUCAAGCAAAGAUACGUCGCCGCUAUCAAAUUAUGUUAUGCAUCCAUUUUGGAACGCGACUGUGAAACUAUUCCCUCGCUGGAUCGCUCCCAAUCUUCUAACCUUGACUGGCUUUCUCUUCCUUGUCUCCCAGACGCUUCUGUUCUCCCAUGUCGACCCGAUGUUCCUCAAGGGCGGGAUCCACAACGAAAUCGACUCGUGGGUUUGGUUCUACGGCGCGUUUGCUCAUUUCAUGGCGCAUACGCUCGACGGGAUUGAUGGAAAACAAGCGAGGAGGACAGGUUCUAGCGGUCCUUUGGGCGAACUUUUCGAUCACGGCCUUGAUGCGUGGUCGACCUCGCUCUUUGUGCUCAAUAUUUACACAGCCGUCGGAGACUUGUUUACAAGCAAUGAUCGAAUGAUCAUCCUUUGGCUUUCGAUGUUCAACUUCAUGUGCUCCCACUGGGAAAAGUACAAUACUGGACUUUUGUACCUCCCCUGGGCGUAUGAUGUAUCGAUGGUGACGUUCUUCGGCAUUUAUAUUAUUUCUGGUUUCAUUGGGACGAAAUUUCUCGGUGCACCGAUUGUUGGAAGCAUGACUAUCAUCAGCAUGUUCAAGGUUAUUUUCUAUUUGGGAACGAUAUUCUCCGUCUUGAUGUGCAUCAGAAACGUGCUGUUUGUCUGGAGAAAAGGCACUUGCAAGCAAAAAACGCUCUACGAGUGCUUCCGACCCUGGGCGUCUCUACUCAUUGCCGCUGUUUUGAUCCUUCCAUGGGCGUACAACCUAACCAAUUAUGACAUAAUUGGCCAGUGCCCUCGCCUUGUUCUUGGAUUUUCAGGCAUCAUCUUCGCCAAUAUCGCGUGCCGACUUAUUGUCUGUCAAAUGUCAAACACUCGUGCUGAAAUAAUCACGCCGCUGUUCGUACCCCUACUCGCUGGAAUCGCAUCAACUUCGCUCGUACUGCCGAUGGUUUACCUCGCUCGACCUAUUUGGACGAUCACUUUUGGAAUCUGUCUUGUUAUGCACAUACACUACGGUUGCGGCGUCGUGCACGCCCUGGCUACCUAUCUGAAUAUCCGAGUCUUCAAAAUCAUUCCAACAAAGACGGAUUGA